UCCAUUCUCAAAGAAUAUUCAUAAGCCCCGCGUUUGAUUUUAAAACGAGGCUAAGGUCGGUUGAUCGAUUAAAGCACAACAAUGGCGGCUGCAACGCAAGGGAAGAACGAUCGACAUUGUUGCGUGCCUCAGUGUACUGGCAACGGUCGUUUAAACCCGGAGUUAUCGUUCCACAAAAUCCCCAUCAAUGAUGAACUCCGAAAAUCAUGGAUUCAUGCUAUCAGAAGGGAUCCAGGGCCACUUUUUAACAUUUCAAAAGAAGCUGUUGUUUGUUCGAGACACUUCAAAAAAGAAGAUUUUAAAUGGACUCCAGUAAGGAAAACUCUCAGACCAAGCAGUGUUCCAUCGUUAUUUAACUGGAGCAAGGAGUCAACCCAAAGGAGACAGAUCAUUAAAACUCCACUCCCCCAGAAACGUCGCAAGACUGAUGAUGAUGCAACCGACAAUGACGAAGAGCUAGGUUCAUCUAAUUGGUUACUCCAUGAAAACAGCUGUCCAUUGGCAGAAGCUAAUGUGGCUGUAACUUCAGACAAAGAGAGAAUCCAGAUGCUGGAAAGCAUGAUCAAAGAACGGGAUGAAAACAUUGAAAGACUUCAGCAGAGGCUUGCCAUAGAAAGAUUUGGGCAUGGUUGGGACAAUAAAUCAGAUUUGGACUGUUGCAAACUUGCUGACACUCUUCAGAGGGCCUUUGGUUAA